UUACAGUUUCUAACAUUUGCCAUUGCAAUAUUUUGCAUACGAAUUGGUGGUGCUCAACAUGAAGAUAUACCCUAUGAGAAUGUGGAGAACAUUUGUGAAAAAUGUGUUUGCAUCGAUAAACCAGCCGAUCCGAAAAUCAAUCAAGUGUCGCAUCACUUGCUGAGCUGUACAGUUAAAGGAUUUAAACACAUAUUGGCCAGGUGGCCGGAAGAGUUCAAUGCUCACCAGAGAGAUAAUGUCAUUGUGGCCAGCUUUUCGGGCAACACAAUAGAACUAUUACAACAAAUACCAACAACCAAUGCAACACUUAGUUUUGCUUGUCGCCAUUGUGGCAUCAAAUAUCUACAGUCGCCAACAUUUAUGGAUGUACCGAACAUAAUUUCACUGGAUCUAGCGUAUAAUGCUAUUACCACAGAUGAACUAAUACCGGAUGUAUUUCGUGGACCGUAUCACGUUAGCAGUUAUGAACCAAUUGCAUUGGCCGAAUUGGAUUUAAGUCACAACCACUUACAGUCUCUAGAUCGUCUGCUAUUCCAGCACACACCCAAUUUAACCAAAUUGAAUUUGGCUCACAACAAUUUGCAAAUUUUGGAUUACCCAACGACCGCGGCUUUGUCAUCGGCAACACUCUUAAAGAAUUUAGAUUUAUCCUAUACGGGCAUCAAAACAAUACCAUCGGUAAUAUUUGAAAAGCUGACUUCCCUCGAAACAUUGAACUUGGCUGGUAAUGCAUUUGUGGCAUUGCCGGAUAAUUUCCAGUUGAUUGGAAAAACGCUGAAAUCCCUCAAUUUAGCAGGGAAUAGAUUUGUUGAUUUUGAAGAAACACAUUUUUUGGGUCUGAAGGUGUUGACGCAUCUCAAUAUUAGUGGAAUGGCCACAUUGAAGAAUGUUAAAUAUAAUACCUUCACACGUUUGGAACAUUUAACACAAUUGGAUUGUUCACAUAACACCAGGCUGGAGAAAUUCGAUUUGGAUAGUUUAAUGCAUUGUGUUAACCUCACAUACCUGGAUAUAUCACAUUGUCAUCUGUCGACGUUAACAUUAAAUAUGGAUUUAUCUGGAAUAUUAAAUAAUACAAACAUAACAGCACACAGUCCAUGGCCUAUGCUUAAGACAUUCCAAAUAGCUGGUAAUCCAUGGAAUUGUGAUUGUAAUCUUCUACAAACUUUGGAAUAUGCUGGCUCUCAUCAUCGUUUGGAGGGUGAUCAGAGUCGUUGUGAUAUGCCAUUCAUUUUGGCCGGUGUUAAACUAUCAAAUCUGACAGCGUCGGGAAUUUGUUCCAUGCGAAUUCCGGCGAAAUAUCAAAUUGUAGAUGAAAAUGCACCGCCACGUUUUCGCAGGAAGCGUUACAUUAUUCUGACAGUGAUAACUGCAUCGGUUGUCGUCGUUUUGGGCCUAAUAAUUGGUUUAAUUGUUGUCUGUAUACGAAGACGCUUGAAACGAGAUGAUUACGGUGUAGAACCCAUACGCUAUACCAGUGUAAGAAGCAGUAACCUAUCCGCAUUUUCACAUGUCCAACCGAAUGGUAAUGGUGCCAAUGGAUCAGCUGGCACCAGAACGUCUGGUGUAUGA